UGACAUUUAUCAAUAAUUUAUUUUGACAAAAACCUAACCAAGAUAUUUUUUACACAUAACAUGUAAAUACUACGAUGCUUACAUUACGUUUCGUUUUAAGAAGACACAUUACCUACAAAUAGACGCAGAAUUGUUUAAUAAUUGUAUAGAAUGAAUCAUUGAUAAUAGCCCUGAUGGAGCGACACGCCGAACUUGGAGAACCAUCGAUGAAAAACAGACGGAAAUGCUCUCCUCAACUCAACGACAACUCCUGUCAGAUUAUGGUGGACAACUCAGAGAAUGUGUUAAAUAUUUUAAGAAAUCUCUAUGUUGAGAGACAGAUGUGUGAUGUCUCUUUGUUGGUGGGGAACAGGGAACAUCACGCCCAUCGGCUUAUACUAUGUGCUUUUAGUGAUGUGUUCCAGGCGAUGUUAAUGAAGCCUGAAUGGUGUGAGUGGCAUGAAAGUAAAGUAGAGCUGCAAGAACUGCUACCUGAAUGUGAAAAAGUGUUCCAUUUAUUCUUAGAAUAUUUUUACACUGGAAAAAUUCUAAUCACUCAUACUAAUGUGAUGCCAAUAUUAGCUUUAGCUGAUAAAUAUAUUGUUAAGGGGUUAUCAAGACUGUGUGUACAAUACAUGUGUAAACAUGUUCCUCAUGCUGCUUCACAUAACCAGUUGUUUCUCUGGCUGCAAUAUUCCAUUCCUUGUGGGCAUGUAGAAGUAGCGGAAAAAUGCCAAAACUACAUUAAAUGGAACCUAGAAUCAAUAGCCAACACUCCAGAUUUUAGUAACAUAGAUGCAGAAAUGCUGGUACGCCUUCUCCAAGAGAACGACGUCAUAGUUUAUAACGAAAUGGUUUUAUACAACUGUGUGGUCCGGUGGUUAGACUUGCAAAAAAUCAGGUUGAGAAAUUGUGAUACCCCUUUCGGAGAACUCGAAGAACAAGUAAGAUACUUAGUAAAAAAUGUGAUGGUUUAUAUUAGGUUUCCAAUGAUGACGCCGCGUGAGCUUGCUGAUUUACUAUUGUCGCCUUUAAUACAGCAACACAAAGAGUUUUUCGUCGACCGGAUGACAAUUGGCAUGACAUACCACUCAGGCCAAAGAGACCAAAUUGAAAAAAUCAGUAGCACACAAGAGGGAAAAUUAUUGUUCACUCCUCGUUUGUACACAUCUGACAUUUACAGCGCCGUUUUAGUCAUUGAGAAUUUCAAUAGUCUACCGAGUUACCACACAAGUACCUUUGUAUUCUCGUCACAUAUGUCAGCUGCAGAUUGCGAAUCGGAUAAAAUAAACGAUUGGGUCGUUGACCUAUAUCCUAAAGGGGUUUGGUUUAAAAAGUGCUACUUAAUUGUGUGGCAAGGGACUCUCGAAGUCCCUGAAGAAAUUAUUUCAACAGUUAGGUUAUCCUUGACUUGUCGCAAGCUUUUCGAAGCGAAGAUCAAAGUCAAGGUUGCUGUGUUAAUCUACGGGAUACAAGGAGGAGUCGAACACGUCAUGGAGGUUAAGGAGAAAAUUCAUCAUUUUACGAACGAAGAUAAAGUUAUGAAUAUCGAUAAUUUGAUCCCGUUUGCUGAACUCAAUCCUAGUGCUUCAAAUCAUGCUCACGAGAGUCCGUAUCUGAUUGGGCCUAACAGGAACCAACUCAAGCUUAACGUUGUUAUAACGUCUUUGCAUUCUUGACAGCCAAACUUAUUUUUAUAGAUUUGUAUCUAUCGACUGUUACUCAAAAAACAAUAAUUUUAUUAUUAUUAUAAUUAUUAUUACAAUUUGAAUAUAAUAUUUUGUUGUA